AUGAAACCCCAAACCAUAUAUAAAGGCAACCGAGGACCCUUUAGCGUCAGAAUCCAAAAAGUAAUCCGUGGCUUUAGUGGCUCUAGUAACUUUGAAUACGACAAGUCGAGUAUGGAGUUUAUCGUGUGUCUCGUAUGUCUGCUGGUAGUUGCACUGUCUUCUCAGGCGCAGCAUCGCAAUUAUAUCGGAAGGCUUUCCGCACCGGCUCCAGUCGGCGAAGACGGACGCGUCGUUGAUACCCCGGAAGUAACUCGGGCCAAAGCUGCUCAUCUCGCGGCUUUCGAAUUAGCAUCCCGAUCGAUCCAUCACCACGGACGUCCGAGUAAUCGAGAGUUAUUAUCUGCUCUUGGGGCUUCCGUCUACUCUAACCCAAGUUACUUCAGCACCAAUGUACAACAUGGAUCUUAUGGUUAUCGUGGACCACCCGCUCCUUUGGACCAUGAUGGUCGAGUGGUGGACACACCUGAGGUAGCACAGGCCAAGGCCGCGCAUUUUGCCGCUUUCAGCCAAGCUUCAUCGCGUUUCGCCGGCAACCGCGAUGAUUAUUAUUCCGGCGCUUCUUACAGUGGUAACAGUGCCGACGAGGAUGACGGGAGCAGCAGCAGUAGUGUCGAGACCCACGCCUCGACCCACUACCAAGGCCCGCCUGCACCCCUGGCCCAGGAUGGACGCGUCGUUGAUACACCAGAGGUCGCGCACGCCAAGGCCGCGCACUUCGCGGCCCUCGACCGCGCCUCCCACGGGCACCGAACCUCCUACCAUGAUGACUAUUGA